AUGGUUUUAAUUAGAGAAUAUAGAAUACCACUACCAAUUACAGUAGAUGAAUAUAAAAUAGCACAACUGUAUAUGGUUGCAAAAGUCAGUCGUAAUCAUACUUCCAACGGUGAAGGUGUAGAGAUUAUCGAAAAUAAGCCAUUUACAGAAGGUGCCUUAACAGGUCAAUUCACACAUAAGAUCUUCCAUUUGGCAAGUAGAUUACCAACAUGGUUGAAAGCAAUUGCUCCUACCUCUUUGCAAGUCGAAGAGAAGGCAUGGAAUGCCUAUCCUUAUUGUAAAACACAAUAUGCUUGUCCAUUUUUAGGAGAUAGAUUUUCAAUUUCAAUCGAAACAAGAUAUACACAAGAUGCUGGAACUCAAGAGAAUUGUUUAAAUCUACAACCAGAAGAGUUGGCAGUCAGAGAAGUCGAUUUCGUUGACAUUGCAUAUGAUCCGAUCGAUCCAAUCAAGUAUAAACCAGAAGAAGAUCCAGCAUUAUUUGUUUCACAGAAAACCGGUAGAGGAAAGCUUUCAAGAGAUUGGAUGAAAAAUACAUCACCUGUUAUGUGUAGCUAUAAAGUUUGUAAAGUCGAAUUUAAAUAUUGGGGAUUCCAAACAAAAGUAGAACAAUUUAUUCAAAGAGCUGCCAUUAGAGAUAUCCUUUUCAUGGGACAUCGUCAGGUAUUCUGUUGGAUGGACGAGUGGUUUGGAAUGGACAUGAAUGAUAUUAGAAAGAUCGAAGAUGAUACAAAGAGAGAAUUACAAGAUUUAAUUAAAAAUCAACAACAACAGCAACAACAACCGAUUCAAAGUAUUAUUGACGAACAAUAA